AUGGAAGAGGCUCCACUGGGGCCUGCUCUAGUUCCUGCUGGGGAAAGCAAGUGGAGGUGCCCCUUGAAGAAACGGGGAUCCCACCAAUCUCAGGGGUUCUGUCCUGGCCUGUGGCCCUGGAUCGUCCAGCACAGAGCAGACGACGAUGGGGAGCAGACGAUGCCCUUCUUGGUUGGGGCUGAGGGCCUGGCAAUCGCCCUCAACAAAGAUGGCGCGGACGACCUCAGGCGCGUCACGCUACCGGCGCGCCACGCGACCUUGCCGCAGUGCUCCUCCCGCGCAGCUCUUAUCCCCGUAGACGGCGGCCGAGACGGGGAGCGGGAAGCCUCGCCUGAGGGGCGGCAGUGGCCUGGGCGGCUCUCCGGCUGCUGUUGUAUGGCUGCACGUUGGCGCUACCGGACGGGAUGCUGUAUCCCCGAGCGAGCCCGUCGUGGGAGCGCAAGCAGCUGGACGGCCUCUGAAGCUUCCGCGCCGACUUCUCCGACAACCGACGCCGGGGCUUCGAGGAGCAGAGGUACCGGCGACCGCUGUCGGAGGCGCGGACUCGGGGCAGGGCCAGGAGUCUCCCGGAAGCCCGGCGGUGGCAAUGGGUCAGGCCCCACCGUGGACAUGCCGGUUCCCUCCAGCUUCAACGACAUCGGCCAGGGCUGGCGGCUGCGGCAUUUUGUCAGCUGGUUGUGGUAUGAACGGGAGGUGACCCUGCUGGAGCGAUGGAUCCAGGACCUGCGCACAAGAGUGGUGCUGAGGAUUGGCAGUGCCCACUUCUAUGCCAUCGUGGACUGCUGUGGUCUCUGCUUCUAUACACGACACCCACCACCUACAUCGAUGACGUCACCGUCACCACCGGCAUGGAGCGAGACAGUGGUGAGGGCUUCUGGACUGGAUGGAGGACCUGAAGACGUGAGGUGGAGGCACAGGUAGAAGAGAAGAUUCUCACCAUCGCUGAUUCACACAAAAGCGUGCAACCGUGUGGUUCCCCAUGAUAUGAUUUCAUUGUGGUUUUCUGUCUGAAGAGUAUCCCAGUGUGUACAUGUGGAGCAGCUUCUUUAUCCCUUCAUCUGUGGAUAAGCAGGUAGGUUGACUGCUUAUAGUGGCUCUUGGGAACAGUGCUGGAAUCCCCAUGGGUGGGUAGAUCUAUCUUUGGUGUCCUGAUUUCAAUGGCUUUGAGCGUAUUCCUAGUAGUAGAAUUGCUGGUUGAAAUGGUAGUUGGAGUCUUUUAAGGUUUGGAGGAACCUCCAAGUGGUUUCUGUAGCGUGUGUACUAGUUUACCUUCUCACAAACUGUGGAGAAGAGUCUCUCUCUCUCUCUCUCUCUCUCUCUCUGUCUGUCUGUCUCUCUCUGGAAACACACACCAGCAUUUGCCUUUCUUUCAAUGUUUUUUGUCUUUUUUUGUAAGACUCAUUCCAGUUAGAAUGAGAUGGUAUCUAAGUGUGGUUUUGAUUUACAUUUUGCUUGUGGUGAGUGAUGUUUGCCAAGUUAAUGUGAACUUGUUUCAAUUUAAUGUGUAAGACUGGGCAAAGGACCUGAAGACCUGAGAUGGAUGCACAGGUAAAAGAUUCUGAAUCAACAUUAUUGAUCCUCACGAGAAGUCAAAACCACACUCAGAUAUCAUCUCACUCCGGUGAGAAUGAAUGUUACCAGAAUGGGAUAGCAAUUUCAUUGCCGUAGAGUAUGUGUGUAUAACCAGCUGCUGUAAGGGACAAUUUGAUCUAUGUAUAAGUGGCAUCAUAAUGAAGUUGCAGUGUCUAGCAUCUCUGUGAGCUCAGAGUUAUGAUUUCUCUGUGGAGAGAAUAUUCACAACUGACCUUUGUAGCUGUUUUGAAAAUUUUGGUUUUCUGUUCUUGCUUUUUGUUCAUAAUGGCCUACGGCUCUGUCCGUGUUUCUAGUAAGGGCAUGGAUUUGUUUUUUAUGGCUGUGUAGCAUUCCGUGGUGUGUAUAUACCACAUUUCCUUUCUCUGAUCCACUGCUGAUGGGCACCAAGGCCGAUUCCAUGUCUUUACCAUUGUGAGUAGUACUGCCAUGAACAGACGAGUGCAUGUGUGUUUUGGGUGGAAGGAUUUUCCUUUGGGUAGAUCCUUAGGAGUGGGGUUGCAGCGUGGGGUGGUAGUUCUCUUUUAAGUUCUUUGAGAAAUGUCCACACUACUCUCCAGGGGGUCUGAACUAGUUUGCAUUUCCCCCAACAGUGGACCUGCAUUUCUUUGCUCAUCUGCCCCUCCAGCCUCUGUUGUUGUGGACUGUGUGUCAUAAUUGCCAUUCUGACCAGUGUGAGAUGGUAUCUCCGUAUGUUUUUGAUUUGCAUUUCUCUGAUGAUCAGUGAGAUCGAGCAUGUUUUCAUGCUCAUUGGUUACUGGUACACCUCCUUUUAAGUGUGUGUUCAUGUCCCUUGCCCAUUUAUAAGUUGUUUUUUUUUUUUUUUUCUGGUUUUAUUUGUUUAAGGUCUUUACGAUAAAUCCUGGAUAUUAGAUGUUUUUCAGAUGCAUAGUUGGGGAAUAUUUUCCCUCAUUCUAUAGGCUGUCUGUUUACUCUGUUGGUAGUUUCUUGUACUGUGCAGCAGCUCUGUUGUGCAUUAGGUCUCACUUAUCAGUAAUUGUUUUUGUUGCCAUUGGUUUUGGGGACUUGACAUAUAAAUGCUUUGCCGAAGCCUCUGUCGAGAAGGGUAUUUACUAGAUCCUGUGCAGGAUUUUUUUAUAGUUUCAGGUCUUGGAUUUUUAUGUAUUUAUGUAUUUAUUUAGAGACCGAGUCUCACUCUGUCAUACAGGGUGGAAUGCAAUGGAGCGAUCUCGGCUCACUGCACCCUCCACCUUCCGGGUUCAAGUGAUUCUCCUGCCUCAGUCUCCCAAGUAGCUGGGAGUACAGGCACAUGCCACCAUGCCCGGCUAAGUUUUGCUUUUUUAGUAGAGACGGGAUUUCACCAUAUUGGCCAGGGUGGUCUUGAACUCCCCGACCACAAAUCAUCUGACCACUUCUGCCUCCCAGAGUGCUUGCAUUUCAGGCAUGAGCCACCGUGCUCAGCCUGGGAUUUUGCAUUUCAAUCUUUGAUUCAUUUUGAGUUGCUUUCUGUACAUGGUGAGACACAGGGGCCCAGUGUUAUUUCUUCUGCAUCCAGCUAGCCACUUAUCCCAGCACCACUUACUGGUAGGGAGUCCUUUCUCCAUCGCUUAUUUUUGUUGAUUUUUUUCAAGCAUCAGAUGGUUUCAGUUGUGCGGGUUUAUAUCUGGGUCUUCUAAUCUGUUCCACUGCUCUGUGGAACCAGGUCCCUAGCUUUUCAGUGAAAAUGCCAAGCCAUUACAUUGUCUAUGGAUGUUUUCUUAGAGUGUUUCCUUUGUUUUAAUGUUUUGUUUAUACCUUUAGCAGGCUGCGUGCAUGGAUUUCUUUUCUAAAAUACAUGCGCACCCUGUUUUCUUGUGGGAGUUUUGUGGUUUCAGAAUUGAGUUUUAGGUCUUUAAUGUAUUUUGCAUUGAUUUUUGUGUUGCGUGACAUAAGGGUCCUAUUUCAGUGUUUUGUAUGUGAAUAUUCAGUUUGCUCAAAAUCAUCUAUUAAACAGUCUCUUUUUCCCAUUGUGUCUUUUUGGUGUUCUUUUGAAAAAAUGUGUUCACUAUAUGUAAAUUGGGGUUGAGUAUUUGGUUUACUCAUUCUGUCCACUUUCUUAGUUUAUGCCAAUAAAGGAUUGUUUGGAUAAUUAUAAAAGCUUGUGUUUUUCAUUCAUUUUUUUAGCUUCUAAGUGUAUUUUUUAACAUAAUUUCUACGUUUAUUAUAGACUAAAGGGUACAAAGGCAGAUUAGUUACUGCCUUUGGUAUACUGCAUGCCACUGAGACUUGGGGUCCCAGGGACCUUAUCACGCAGGGAACAGGUGCACCCACCGGGUAGGUCUUUAGCACAUACCUUGUGCCUUCUUUUUCGUCUGAUAGUCACCAGUGUCUGCUGUUUUCCCUUUACGGUAGGGUGUAUUCAAUUUUAGCUCCACCUUGUAAGUGAGAACAUGUGUCAUUUGGUGUUCUGUUUUUUCCUUAUUUCUCUUUAGAUAAUGGCCUCCAGCUCCUUUCAUGGUGCUGCCAAGGACAUGAUUUCCUUCUUUUUUGUAAUGGCUGCCUAGUUUUUUGUGGUAUAUAUGUACUGCAUUUUCCUUUUCUGAUCCACUGUUGAUGGGUACCUAGGUUGAUUUCACGUGUUUGCCAUCGUAAAUAGUGCUGCCAAGACCGUUGGUGUGCAUGUGUGUUUUGGUCAGAAGGAUUCAUCUUCCUUUGUGUAUAUCCUAGUGGUGGGAUUGCUGGGUCAGAUGGUAGUUCUGGUUUAAGUUCUUUGAGCAGUCUCCGAAGUGCUUUCCAUGGUGUCUGAACUACUCUGCAUUUUCACCAAAAGUGGACCAGUGUCCCCUUUCUCUGCUGCCACACCAGUGACCUUUUUUUUUUUUUUAAACUGUGUAAUCGCCAUUCUGACCGGUGUGAGAUGAUAUCUCCUUGUACUUUUGAUGUAUAUUUCUCUGAUAGUUAAGUUGAGCAUAUUUUCAGAUUUGUUGGUUGCUUGUACGUCAUCUUUCAAGAAGUGUGUGUUCAUAUCCAUUGUCUAUUUAUUAGUUAUUUGGGGGGUUUUGCUAAUUGAUUUCUGUAAGGUCUUUAAGGUAGAUUCUAGAUAUUAGAACCUUGGUGAGGUGCAUAGUUUGGGAACAUUUUCUCUCAUGCUGUAUGUUGUCUGUCUACUCUGUUGGUAAUUUGUUGUGUUGUGCGGUGGCUCUUCAGUGUAUUAGGUCCCACAUGUUGAUUACUGCUUUUGUUGCAGUGUCAUGUGGGGUCUUAGGCAUGUAAAAUGCUUUGUCAAAGCUGAUAUAGGGUCUCUUAAAGGAUUUUUGUACUUUGAGGUCUUCCAUUUACAUCUUUCAUUCAUCUGAGUGAACUUUUGUACAUGGUGAGAAGUAGAGGCCUAGUGUUACUUACUCUUCUGCAUAUGGCUCGCCACUUACCCCAAGACUAUUGAAAAGGGAGUUCUUUCCCCGUUACUUAUCAUUGUGUAUUUCAUCCAAAAUCAGGUGGUAUGAGGUGUGUGGGUUUACUUCAGGUUCUCUUCCACUCAUCCAUGUGGAAGCAGGUCCCUAGAGUUUGAGUGAAAUUUCAAAUCAGAGAAUGUGAUGCAUCCAGUGUAGUUUGGAUUUCUCAGAAUUGCUUUGGAAAUGCAGGGCAUUUCCUGGUGUCACAUGAACUCCAGCAUUGUUUAUUUCUGUGUCCUUAAAACCAAUUUGCUCUGUAGUAAAGGUAUACAGUUAAAGAGUAGAGUGGGACAUUUUGAUCAUGCAUAUAUACCUUGUGUAAUGAGGAAAGCAAGGCAUUGACUCUCUCUGUUACCUUGUGUAGUUAUUAUUUAUUAGUUCUCUGUGGUUGCAAUAUGCAGAAUCCUUCUUUUCAGCCUUUUUUGGAAAAUAUGGUAGGAUACUGUUAACUCUAGACACCCUACUGUGGAGUAGAACAGCUGAAUUUAUUCCUGUCAUCUGAGUCUAACAUUGUAUCCAUUUCCCAGUUCCUGCCCGGACUCCCCAACCCCCCACCUCUCUUCACCACUGUGGAACUUUCUAGUUCUAGGAGAUAAAGUCGUUUAGAGAGAAAGUUGAUCUCAUUCUCACAUGCAUGAAAUCAUGCCGUGUUUGUCUGUCUCUGCCUGACUCAUUUUGUUGAAGGUCAUGUCCUCCAGGUUUCUGCACGUUGCUGCAGAUGACAUGAUUUCAUGAAUUUCUGUGGCCGAAGAGGAUUCCACUGCGUGCUGCAGUUUCUUUAUCCCUUUAUCUGUGCAUGAACAGGUAGGUGGAUUGGAUACCUUUGCUAUUGUGAGUAGUGCUUCAGUCACCAUAGGAAGGCCUAUAUCUCUUCAACAUAACAGAUUCCAUGCGCUUUCCGUAUAUAACCAGUGGUGGGAUUGCUAGGUGAACGGGUAGUUAUAAUGUGAAAUGUUUAAGGCACCUUCAACUGCUUCGCUUCAUGUGUCUAGUAAUGUACCUUCCCACGAAUAGUGUAUAAAAGUGUCUUUUUCUGCGUUUCUACGUUGGCCACUGCCUGUGAACGUAUGGGUUUUUUGUUGUUUUUGGUAAGUUUCAUUCUAAUUAGAGUGAGAGGUAUCUGAGUGUGGUUUGCACUUAGACAUUUGUGUGAGGAUUAGUGAAGUUGAGCAACUUCUCUUUGACCUGUCAGUCAAUUUUGUGUUUUCUCUUCAGAUGUGCCUGUUCAGGUUCUUUGCCCAGUUUUAGCUUGGGUAUUAGGUUUUGUUCAUUUUUCCAGUUAAGAGCAGUGUUAGUUUCUUGUACAUGUUAGAUAACAACCCCUUUCACAGAUGAUUCUGCUGAACUUUUUUCAAUCUGUAGGAUGCCUUCUUUAAUGGUUCAUUGUUUCUCUUCCCCAUGCGGAAGCUCUAAAAUGACGUUUAGUCCUAUGUGUUUGUAUUCACAUUUUUGUUUUCCAUCCAAAAAGAACAAAAAAUAAGAAAAAGUAUUGCCAAAUCAAUUGCAUGGUCAAAGGGUUUCUUGCCAUAAAUAAUUUUUGGUUUUCUUUUCUUUCUUUUUUGCAAACUGCGUGCAUAGAUACAAGUUUUGCCGAAAUAGAAACUCCCGCUUUUCUUAUAGGAGCUUUGCGGCUCCAGGAUUGGAUUUAGGUGUCUAUUUUGUGUUGAUUUGGGGGUAUUACAUGUUUCAGACCCUGAAACGUUGAUUUCUUUGGCUUGUUUUUGUCUGAUAUCCCACAGUGGGGGUUGUGUUCAAAUUAAGCUGUGGGACAUCCUUUAGAUACUGGGUUCAAACAGUUCUCACCUUCCUUGAUGUUCAUUUAGGGGAGAGGUGUCAGAAGGUCUGGGAAGAUCCACAGUGGAAAAAGUUUAUCUGUAUUUCGUGGAGACUGAUGGCCAGCUCCCUUCUGCCCAGGACUUCUGGAGAAGGCCAGCCCUACCACUUGCUUAAAUACCUCCCAUCUCCAGCCCUUCAGUAAAUAUUUAAGUGAUUUGUUAAAUAUUUAAACCUUAAGAAAGUUGAGUAAUCCAGUGGAACUUGAAUUUAACUAGAAUUUAAGUUUGAGAGUAGCUGGUCAGUAGAACAAAUGUGACAUACUAUGGGUGACAUAGAUUGGGUGACAUACUAUGGCUUUUAAGUUUGAGAGUAGCUGGUCAGUAGAACAAAUGUGACAUACUAUGGGUGACAUAGAUUGAGUGACAUACUAUGGCUUUUAAGUUUGAGAGUAGCUGGUCAGUAGAACAAAUGUGACAUACUAUGGGUGACAUAGAUUGAGUGACAUACUAUGGCUUUUAAGGGGUUUUGUUUUGUUCUGUUUGUUUUCUUAAACAGAGUUAACAAUAAUUUGAAUAAAGAAGGAAAACAUUAAA